AUGUCAGCACCACCUACCCUCCAGAGCCAAGACUAUACCUUUGGUUGGGUAUGCGCCCUCUUUACCGAACUCGCGGCCGCACAGGAUAUGUUGGACGAGAGGCACAAUGACACUCAUGUCAAUAGUCUGGAUACAAAUAUCUACACACUGGGCUCUAUCAGUGGGCAUAACGUGGUCAUCGCUUGUCUUCCAGACGGUCAGAUGGGAGUAGGUUCAGCGGCCGCGGUCGCUGCACAAAUGAAGUCAACUUUUCCUUCGAUCCAGUUCGGGCUCAUGGUCGGUGUGGGCGGUGGAGUUCCAAGUACAGAUAAUGAUAUACGGCUUGGAGAUGUCGUGGUAAGUCGCCCAGAUAAGGGACAUGGGGGAGUCGUUCAGUAUGACUUUGGAACAAACACCCCAGGUGGCUUUCAACGGACAGGAUUUUUAAAUUCCCCGCCACAAAUUCUGCUGAAGGCUAUUGCGAAUAUUCGUAGCGACCACCUAAGAGGCGAAAGUAAAGUCUUCGAAUAUGCAUCUAACUCUGGAGAGAGGCCAAAAUUUCCGGGUCGUGAUAUUCUUUUUGAGGCCGACUCUGGUCAUAUUGGAGGUUCUAUGUGUGAAAGAUGCGACAAAAAGAAGAUAGUGAAAAGAAUACCGCGGGACAAACAGGAAGUUGUGAUUCACUAUGGCACUAUUGCAUCAGGAAGUCAGGUAAUGAGGAAUGGCGUCGAGAGAGACCGACUAAGCUCAGAGCUUGGUGGUGUUCUAUGUUUUGAGAUGGAGGCAGCAGGCUUGAUGAACAUCCUUCCAUGCCUCGUCAUACGGGGCAUCUGCGAUUACGCCGACUCGCACAAAAACAAGGCAUGGCAGCUUUAUGCGGCAAGAAUGGCGGCAGCAUAUGCAAAACACUUGCUUUCUAGAAUUCCAGUUUUCGAGGUUAAAAUAUCUCUCAACGCGAACGAUAAAACGGUUCAUUCUCAUUUGCUCCUCGGCCCAGCUGUCUGCCCUUCCGAAAGCAUGAUAACCCCUCCAUACUUUGGAUGGUCAGGAACGUAUGUAGCCACAGCCGUAGAGGCUGUGUCCAAAGUCAUACAGACCUUGGAAGAGGACGACCAUGACCAGCCUUUUACGGAAGCGAAAGAUUUUCUUUGUGAACUUAAGACUACACUGACAGAUAUUCAAAGAUAUGKGGUUGAAUUUCCCAGAGGACAAUUUACUAACGACAUAACCCGUCUUCUCCAAAUUAUGCAAUCUCCACUUGACCACUUUCAUUGCUUUGUGGAGGCAUACUAUCGCACACUCACUGGUCGAUCGCAGAUAUCACAAUCCAAAGACGGUCCUGAGAGCAAAAAGCUAUCAGAGCUAUCUGGAAAAACAAUGGAGUUGAAGGAUGCCAUCUGUCACCAUCUAACACUAGUCCACACACUUCUGCUUUUACACAGCCUUGAGGAUGUUGUCAAGGUAAUCAAACAAGAAAUACCGGUUAUGAAGCCGGACGCCGUCGAUGUAGCGGCAAAGCUCAUACGUGCUUUGAACAGCAUUCAUAAUACCACGAUCGAUGCGAACGUAAAAGGCCUCAAAAUUUGGUACUUCUUUGUGAAUAUUACAUAUGAUCACCGGUUGAAAAGCGCAGCAACCUUGAAAGCCGUGUCCAUCAUGGGCGAAAUCUACGAGGAACUUCCCUCUUUAGAGGCAUUGAACAGCUUAGACGAGAUCGAACGACUAGCUAGCAGUUCAAUCAGCAAAGAAGCAUGGGCGUUCAAUUAUGCCGCCGCCGGGGACCUCGUAUCCAAACGUUUGAACGCAGAAGCCUACAAUUCCAUUCUACUACGUCCUCGCAUCUUUAUCGACGUCGGCAAAUGUGACUUGAGCACAGAUAUAAUGGGACAGCCAUCAGGACUACCAAUUUUCAUUUCUCCAAUGGCCAUGGCUCAACGAUUUCACCUUGCUGGGGAGGUAGGUAUUACUCAAGCAUGUCGCAACUUUGGCAUCAUGCACAUAAUCUCCAACAAUGCUUCUAUGACUCCCGAAGAGAUUGUUGCUGCUGGUCCAGAUCAAAUCCAUGGAUUUCAACUUUAUAUUCAACAGAAUCGAAAAGAGAGCGAGGCAGUGCUCGCGCGAAUCAAUAAGUUGGAGGCAAUUAAGUGCCUCGUUUUGACGCUUGAUGAGCCUGUUUUCGGAAAACAUGAGUUGGGAGGGAAGGAAGGUGGAAGGACAGAAGUUGAGGAGAGGUUUGGGCAGAUGACAGAGCUCAAACCUGCUGUGGCAUCAGUUUCCGGUCCCGCGUCUGAUUUGACUUGGAAGGAUACACUAGAAUGGGUCACACAACACACCACACUACCUAUUGUUCUCAAAGGGAUACAAACACACGAAGAUGCCUAUAUCGCCUCUCUAUUCCCUCAGGUGAAGAGUGUAAUAUUGUCGAACCAUGCCGGACGUGUGCUAGAUACUGCUCCUCCUGCGGUUCAUACGUUGUUGGAAAUUCGGAAAUACUGCCCUGAAGUAUUUGACAAGGUGGAAGUUCUAGUUGAUGGAGGUAUCCGAAGGGGUACAGAUGUUGUAAAAGCGCUAUGUCUGGGUGCGAAGGGUGUGGGUAUUGGUCGCUCAGUAUUUUGGGGACUUGGUGCCGGAGGGAUUCGUGGAGUUGAGAGGACAAUUGAAAUUCUGGCGGACGAAGUAAAAACCUGUAUGCAGUUGUUGGGUGUCGGAAAGGUGGCGGACCUGGGUCUUCAUCACGUCAAUGCUUCAAUAAUCGAGCAACAAAUUUACAGAGGUCCAUCGCGACUUGACGUUGUCAAGGGCGAAUUAUAG